CUCCCGCCUGGGCCUCCCAAAGUGCUGGGAUUACAGGCGUAAGCCACUGCGCCCGGCCUGUAUUUGUGAAGCUUAAAGGAAAUAAGAACAUGUACAACAUUUUGGUCCUCAAAGCAAUUCCGGUAUAACGUGUCCCACCCCAUUCCCACCAUCACCCUGGAGGAAGCAGGGCAGGCAUGAAAGAUAACCCAGAGACAAAGGCGCUUUCGAUCCUGGAACUGGCAGGCACUCGAUCCUGAAACUGGCAGGGACUCGCUCAAGGGCUUCUGGGCCUCCGCUGGUGGAAGAAAGUUCUGCGGGCCUAGGGAGGCGAGGAGUUGUUCUGGAUCCUUUCUCUGAAAGGCAGCGGUUUCCUGGCCGGGCGAGGAGGGCACAGGGAAAUCCUGGCUGGGGUUCUCGUGACGGCUGCCUUUAAUUUUCAUUCCUAACAAGACCAACCCAAGUCCAUACCUAAAGGCAGGGGGCUAAUGGGGCAGGUGAGGUCGGGUGGCCACUCACCUAUCACUCACCCCUUCUUGCUCUGGGGGGCGGAGCCAAUUCUCAGGACUCGCCCCUUUAUCCCCUUUCUCGGCGGGGGCCUCCACCCUGACCCCGCCCCCCGCCCUGCCUCGCCACGUGACCCGCUCUCGCUCCUCCUCCUCCUUACGUCAUAAUCUGCGCCCUCCCCCUCAGAGCCACGCCACACGACUUGGCGCAGGUCCUGUCCCUUUCCAUCUGCGGGGCGGCAGGAGGAGGCCCGAAGCAAGAUGGCGGUGAAUCAGAGCCACACCGAGAACCGCCGCGGGGUCGUCAUCCCUAACGGUGAAAGUCUCUUGAAGCAGUCUCCGAAUGUGGAGCUCUCCUUCCCACGGCAAUCAGAAGGCUCCAAUGUCUUUAGUGGUACAAAGACAGGAACAUUGUUUCUCACUUCAUACCGGGUGAUUUUCAUAACUUCGCGCUCCAUCAAUGAUCCCAUGCUGUCUUUUAUGAUGCCAUUUGAUCUGAUAACGAACCUCACCGUUGAACAACCAGUAUUUGCUGCAAACUUCAUUAAGGGAACUAUUCAGGCAGCUCCAUAUGGUGGCUGGGAAGGACAAGCUACUUUUAAAUUAGUCUUCAGAAAUGGAGGUGCCAUUGAAUUUGCCCAGUUGAUGGUGAAAGCUGCCUCUUCUGCUGCCCGAGGAUUUCCACUUAGAACCUUAAAUGACUGGUUCAGCUCUAUGAGAAUUUAUGUAAUUACUGGGGAAGGGAAUAUAUGCACUCCACAGAUGCCUUGUUCAGUUAUUGCCUAUGGAGCCCCACCUGCAGGAUAUGGAGCCCCACCUCCCGGAUAUGGAGCCCCACCUGCAGGAUAUGGAGCCCAACCUGCAGGAAAUGAAGGCCUGCCUGUGGGAUACAGAGCCUCACCUGCAGGAUAUGGAGCUCCACCUCCCGGAUACGGGGCCCCACCUGCAGGAUAUGGAGCCCAACCUGCAGGAAAUGAAGGCCUGCCUGUGGGAUACAGAGCCUCACCUGCAGGAUAUGGAGCUCCACCUCUUGGCUAUGAAGCCCCACCUGCAGGAAAUGAAGGCCCGCCUGCAGGAUACAGAGCCUCACCUGCUGGAUCUGGAGCCAGGCCUCACGAAUCUGCAGCAGCCCAGGCUCCUGAAAACGAGGCUUCUCUUCCCUCUGCCUCCUCUUCUUAGGUCCAUUCUUAACCUUCUAAGAUGUAAACCUUGAAGACUCAUCAAGCAAAGAGGUACCCUAAAAUUGAAGUCAGGAUAAGGAGGAGGACUCAGUAUGUGGGCAACAGUGACAAGGAGAGGAAGAGAGGAGAAACUCAACCAACUCGAGCAGGGAUAAGGUUUCCCUUGUUCAGCUUUUCAGUGUCUGCUGGAAUGUGACGAUUCUGCCCUCUCAGCUGUGCUGUUGGUCUGCAUCACCUCCAUCUCUUAAGCAUCUACCCUAAUCCAAAUCUCAGGAUUUGGGUUUACACAAAAGGUAAUAGAAAGCCUUUGCCUUCAUGUUAACUUGGCUUUCCUUGCCCAGCACUUGGUUGCUUGCUUGAAAAUCAUGUAUGUAUAUGUAUAAAAUGUAGAAGCCCAAUUCAAAUUAAUAAUGUAAAAAAUUUUUCUGUUAUACAGAUUACCUCACUGUCAGGUAGGAAAUGAAACAUACGGUAUUCUUCCUGGCCUUUGCCUUGAGAGUCUUCUGGAGCCUGAAGAGGGUGGGGCAGACAACCAUGGACUGCUAGAGAAUAAACUUUUGAAGCUUCCAAAAUGGAUUAGAAAGAAGGGGUUCUGUCAAAGGGAAAGGGUCUAUACAGAUGUGAUCAGCAGUUUGAUUAGUUUAGAUGUGUGAUUUAGUAGCCAACAUAAGAAACUUGUGUAAUUUUUAGUAAUUGGAAUUUAUUAUAAAUAAUAAAACAGGGUAUUAAUUGA